AUGGCUUAUUCUAGUGCAGCACGGGACUUUGUUGCACUUUCAGAUCUGCAUCCAAACCUCGCUCGUCCUAAUGUAAUCGGUGUGGUUAUUGGGAAAACAGAUGUCAGAAGCUUUCCAGACCGAAAAAACAUUGGGUCCGAACGAUACACCUUCAAUUUCACCAUCCGCGAUUCACCGACUUACUUCAUCAACGUGCAGGCCUGGGGCAGGGAGGAGUACAUCAGAGCCCUCUCAGAAAGCUUCAGGGUUGGGGACUGUGUUACAAUCGAAAAUCCUUUAAUCCAGUCAAAGGAAGCAGAAAGGGAAGAAAAAUUCAACCCUGUAACUCCUAGUUGCUACAAGUUACUGCUCAGUGAAAAUCAUUCAGUGGUCAAAACCUCUUCGUGUUACGAAGCAGACGCCAGGCUCCUCUCUCUGCUGCACCUGCCUGUCAAGGACCCUCAGGAUUAUUAUUCCCUGGGGGAUAUCGUUGCCAACGGACAGAGCCUCAAUGGAAGAAUCCUCAACGUGCUCGCAGCUGUGAUGUCAGUUGGGGAGCCAAAGUACUUUAUGACUUCAGACAAAAGGAAAGGCCAGAGGUGUGAAGUGAAGCUGUUUGAUGAAACAGAGAGGUCUUUUCCAAUAGUAUGUUGGGAUAACGAGUCCAUCCAGCUGGCACAGAGUUGGAUCCCUCAAGAAACAGUUAUAUUUGCAUCAGAUGUGAGAAUAAAUUUUGACAAAUUCAGGAACUGUAUGACUGCAACUGUGAUAUCCAAAACCAUCAUUACAACUAACCCAGAGACAGCAGAAGCAAAUGUUCUCUUCAGCUUCAUCAAGGACAGUGCCCAGUCAGGAGCUUUGCAUGAUGGAAUGAAGGAGCAGGCAAAUGAAUCCAUGAACUUGGAGACUAUAGUUGAUGUUUAUACAGUGGAACAGCUGAAGGAAAAAGCUCUCCAGGGUGAUGGGAAAGCUGACCCUGUCUAUGGCAUUAUUUAUGGCUACAUUUCCACCCUGGACAUUGAUGAUAAUGUGUCCAAAGUUAUGCGCAACAGAUGCUCGAUCUGCCGGCUCGUCGUGAACGAAAUGUCAAACACUUGCACUUUCUGCAGUGAUGUCUCUCCAGAGUCAAAGUCAACCUUUGCAAGCUUUGACAUCCUUGUGGAUGUGACAGAUCACACAGGAACUCUCCACUCCUGCUACCUGUCUGACUGUGUGGCUGAGGAGACCUUAGGCUGCACGGUCCAUGAAUUCCUCAUGCUGGAAGACGACCAGAAGACUGCACUGAAAUGGCAACUUCUUUUGGAACGAAGCAAGAUUUAUUUCAAAGUUACUUUGUCACCCAACUGGAGAACUGGGAUGAAAGUGAAUCUUCUUUCCUGCAAACUGGCAGAUCCCGUGGAGGCGACUCAGAGCUUGCUGGGAAGAGACUGGAAAUAAGAGGUUGUGCUAUUAACAAUGGCUAGGAAAACAUUUCCUUCCCUGCGCUAU